AUGAUAAGUUUAAUUAAAGGAGUUUGGCAAAAAUAUUUCGAUCCUCCAAUCUUUAAAAUUCUAAUUAUUGGACUAGAUGGAGCAGGCAAAACAACUUUAUUAAAUAAAUUAAAACAACUUGCAAAACAUCCAUUUAUACAAUUUGAUAAAAUACCGAAAACUGUUGGUUUGAACAUCACAGAGAUUGAAUACAUGGCUUCGAAUAGAUCUAUGAAUUAGAAAUAUAAAGUAACAUAUUGGGAUCUAGGAGGAUCUCAAACUCAAAGAAGCAUCUGGAAAAAAUACUAUGGAGAAUGUCAUGGCAUAAUUUUUGUAAUAGAUGGAAAUAAAUCUGAGAGAUGGGAUGAAGUGAGAAACUGUUUUAAGUAUUAUAUACAUCUCAUAUUUGGUGAGGUUUUAAAUGAUAAAUCGCAUGAUCAAGUCCCAAUUUUGAUUUAAGUAAAUUAUCGACAAAAUAGAGAAAAUGGAAUUUGCCUUAAAAUAAAAGAAUUGAUCUAAAAUAAUACAAAUAGAUUCUUGAGCAUCUAAGAAGUGAAUAUCGUAGAUAACACAAACGUAGUUGAAUCUGUAAAAUUACUUCACAAUGAGAUUGGGCAUUUAUUUCAGCUGUAUAAUUGA